AUGUCUAGAAACUCGCAAGACGUCGCCCUCCUGUCUCCCGAGGAGCGGGAUCUCAAGUCGGACGAUCUCGAGGCUGGAAAGAGCCACGGCGACUCCAAGGAUCAAAACCUCGACCAUGAAUACUCAAUACCCAGCGCCGUCAAAUUCACCUGGCUGGGCACCUACUUCUUCUUUUCUCUCGUCCUGACGCUCUACAACAAGCUGGUUCUCGGCAAGUUUCACUUCCCAUGGCUUCUGACGUUCCUCCACACUCUGUUCGCCAGUCUGGGCACAUAUGGCAUGCUGCAGAUGGGCUACUUCAAGCUGUCACGCCUCGGCCGUCGCGAAAACCUCGCCCUUGUCGCAUUCAGCGCCCUGUUCACUGCCAACAUUGCCGUCUCGAACCUGUCUCUCGCCAUGGUCUCCGUUCCCUUCUACCAGACGAUGCGCAUGCUGUGCCCCAUCUUCACCAUCCUCAUCUUCCGUGUGUGGUACGGCCGGACGUACAGCACCAUGACGUAUCUGUCUCUCAUUCCCUUGAUUAUCGGUGCUACUAUGACCACCGCCGGUGAGAUGAGCUUUUCAGAUGCCGGCUUCCUCUUGACCAUUCUGGGCGUCAUCCUCGCCGCUCUCAAGACUGUCGUCACCAACCGAUUCAUGACCGGAUCACUGGCGCUCCCGCCCGUCGAAUUUCUCAUGCGCAUGUCUCCUCUCGCUGCGCUUCAGGCUCUGGCCUGCGCCACGGCCACCGGCGAAGUGGCUGCCUUCCGCGAACAAGUCAGGACCGGCGGCUUCAACCCCGUCUCUUCCUCUUUGUCUCUGGCCGGUAACGGUUUCCUGGCCCUGCUGCUCAACAUCUCGUCGUUCAACACCAACAAGCUGGCCGGUGCCCUGACCAUGACUGUUUGCGGCAACCUCAAGCAGUGCUUGACUGUCAUGCUUGGUAUUUUCUUGUUCAACGUCACGGUCGAUUUCCUCAACGGCGCCGGCAUGGCCGUCACCAUGGUGGGUGCUGCCAUCUACAGCAAAGCCGAGUUGGACAACAAGAACCGAAAGAAGAAGCAGGAGGCGACCUUUAAGCCCACCGAGCAGAGGUAG